CCUCAUCCGCUGCGCCCAACUUUCCAUAUUAAAAUAAUCCUCCUCUCCUCCACCUUCAUUUUCUCGUUCCUCUUCCCUGCUCUUCAUCUCCUUCUCUUCCCUCAAUAACGGUCGUCUCCUCGCUCCUUCUCUUCCUCUUUAAACAUGAGCGGCUUCCACCGAUUCGACCUCCUCGAUCCUUCGUCUUCUCCUCCUCCCUUCUAUAGAAAGACCUCCUUGUUCUCCCGGCCAAGAGCUCUCUUCCCCUUUCCCUCACCUUUCGCAGACGCCGUCGAGCUCGUCGAGGAGCACCUCGGCCUCUCCCUCGAUGCCCCGAACCCUAGCCCAAGCCUCCUUGAUCUCCCCCUCCAAUGCCUCGUCCCCUUCCCUCCGCCCACCUUCCCGCUUGACUUCUUCGACAGCGCGGCUGAUCUGAUCCAGAUCGACCGCCCGGCGUCGCCAACCGCCGUCAUCCGGUGGAUCCAGGAGCGGGCGGAGAUGGAAAGCUGCAUCCGGAACCUCAGCGACCGGGUCGCUGCUCUUGAACUGGGGUAUGAUCGGGCCCUCGGCUCCAGGAUCGACACCGGUGACUGCAGGUAUAAGUGGACGGCGGAGAUCAAGGGGGCGAGGGGGCAGGGGUACGAUCAGAAGUAUAAAUUGAUGGCGGAGACGAACCGAGGGUUGGAGAUGAAUGUCAGGUGGACGGUGGAGAUCAAGGGGAAGGCGAAAGACGGACCCAUGUCCCCCACCUACUCGUUCCAGGCGUCCACGGUUCCCGCUGGGGCCACGCAAGAUGCGUUGGAGAAGGUGAAGAAGAGCAACAAGAGGGCGGGGAGCACCGCGCGGGUGGUGGAGAUUGAAGAGUCUUUUAAUCAAAGGCCCGUCACCUCAAGAAAGGUUGUGCAAACUUGUACCAUGAUGGAUCUUACUCUGUUGGGAACUCAACAGCUUGUAUCAAUGACAUUUUUCAAGCUAAUACAGGCUUUUGCCAAGAGGUCUCAUACCCGAGAAAGGGGUAAGAAGAAGGAAUUAUUACCACAAGAUGCUGCAAUGUUAAUUCAGAUGAGUUAUAGAAAUCAUCUGGUCCGGCGUUCUCAAGUACUUCGUGGACUUCGGGAUCUAGCAGUGGCCAAAGCCAAGUUGAAGGAGAUUAGGGCCUUAUUCAACAAUUUCUCUUAUCAUCAACGUAUAGCAAUUGAUGCAGAAGAACGCCAAAGGUUCUCUGAGAGAAUUAUUAUUCUCCUUCUUACAGUAGAUGCCAUUGAGGGCUCAACUUUAAUGGUUCGGGCAGCAAGGAAGUCAAUGGUGGAGGAACUGGAGGCUAUGCUGGAUGUGGUGGAUCCGCAGCCAUCUGGGAAGUUGGGUUCAGUGAAGCGCAGAAAGUUUGAUCUCCCUGCUGGUGGUUCCAUGGUAAAUGAUAUGGCUGCAGGCAUGGCACAGGUCGUCAAUAUGCUUAACCAAGAAGAUAGCCAGAUCAAUGCAUCGCCUGACUUCAUUUUCUAAAUCUGUGUUAGAUUUUCCCUCAAAAAGUAGGGAGAGAUUUUGCAGUUUCUAACUAUUUUCAGGGACUACAAGAGCAGUGCUGUUUGCUUUGCUAUAUUUUUGUUUAAUUUCUUUGGUUGAACUGUUCAGGACAGUUUUGCUGGACCUAUUAUGUGCUAAGCAAAGCAGCAUAUUUUCUACUUCUCUAUCUGAAAUCAGGGUGGUCCUUUUACCAUCAUUUUGAUAGUAAAACUGUUAGUCAUCAGAAGUUGCUUCCUUGGA